AUGUCUGCGACUGAAGCAUCAACCAACCCCGGUCUGGAGAAGGACGUCGGAGUCGCUCCCCAGACUCAGAACGGCGCCGGUGCGGCGAUGCAGCCUCAAAUGUCUGCCGAGGAGCACCAGGUGGCUCGCGCCGCCGCCCGCUUCGGAUAUGGACCGUUGGCUCACGUCAACACCAACGAGGCUUCGCUCCCGGCAUUCGGUGGAGAGUUCCAGCCGGGUCUGUACAAGUCGGUCGAGGGUCGCAAGUUCGCCAAUCCGGCGCCUCUGGGCCUCUGCGCUUUCGCCUUGACUACGUUCGUGUUGAGCGCAAUUAACAUUGGUGCGAAGGAUAUCAGCGCGCCCAACAUUGUCGUUGGUCUUGCUUUCGGAUAUGGUGGUCUGGUGCAGUUGCUUGCUGGCAUGUGGGAAAUGGCCGUUGGCAACACCUUCGGUGCUACUGCUCUCUCCUCUUACGGUGGUUUCUGGUUGGCCUUUGCUAUCGUCUUGACCCCCGGUGGGUUCCAGAUCGAAGAAGAGCUCGGCGCCACCUCCAGUGAUCCCUCCAACUUCUACAACUCCAUGGGUCUGUUCUUGAUGGGCUGGUUCAUCUUCACCACCAUCAUGCUCUUCUGCACCCUGAAAUCAACCGUUGCCUUCUUCCUGCUCUUCUUCUUCCUGGACUUGACCUUCCUCCUCCUCGGUAUCUCGUACCUGCAGACCGAUUCCUCCGGAGGUGUCAACGUCCCCGUCCAGAAGGCAGGCGGUCUCUUCGGUCUCCUGGCGGCCUUUGCUGCCUGGUACAACGCCCUGGCCGGUAUCGCCGAUACCAGCAACAGCUUCUUCAUCAUUCCCGUUGCUCACUUCCCCUGGUCGGCCACUGGCCGUACCCGUCGCAACAAGUCGGAGCGUGAGCUCGCUUAA